GCACUGAGAGCUCCUGCUCUCUCCUCCUCUUCACCUCCUUCAUUCCCUGUUUGCCUCUGGUGGUCGGAGGAAGGAUGCUGCCCCGCAGACUUGUGGGUCUGCUGGGACUCCUCGUGCUCUGCACAGGUCAGGAGCAGAGCGGGGGGGGCGAGCCCUGCGACAACUUCACAGACCUCAACCUGUCCCACUGCUUCAUGGGAACCAGCCUGUACGUGCGGCUGCUCCUCUACACCCGCGACAACCUGGACUGCGGCCGUGAGAUCAACCACCAGCACCUGGCCUCACAGUCGCUCUUCAACCUCUCCCGUGCCACCGCCUUCGUCAUCCACGGCUACCGGCCCACCGGAGCGCCCCCUAUCUGGAUCGACCACUUAGUCCGCCUGCUGGCCGAGCAGGAGGACAUGAACGUGAUCGUGAUGGACUGGAACAAGGGGGCGGCGAACCUCAACUACUUCACUGCCGUGGCCUACACGAGGGAGGCCGCACACAACCUGACCGGGUUCAUCAUGACCAUGGAGGAGGAAGGAGCUUCUCUGAGUUCAGUCCACCUCAUCGGCGUCAGUCUGGGAGCUCACCUGGCCGGAUUCGUGGGAGCGAACCUGAAGGGAAAGAUCGGACGCAUCACAGGUCUGGACCCGGCCGGGCCGAUGUUCACCAGUGCCACACCGGAGGAGAGGCUGGAUCCCUCCGACGCCAUGUUCGUGGACGUUCUUCACACCGACAUGAACUCAUUUGGCCUGAGAGGAGCUCACGGUCACAUCGAUUUCUACGCCAACGGUGGAGCCGACCAACCAGGGUGCCCCAAAACCAUCUUUGCAGGUAAAUCUUACUUUGUGUGUGACCACCAGCGCUCGGUGUUUCUGUACCUGUGCGCUCUGAACCGAACCUGCAGCCUCACCGGUUACCCCUGCUCGUCCUACAGCGACUUCCUGGACGGGAGGUGUCUGCAGUGUGAGGCCUUCAAACCAGCGUCCUGCCCCGUCCUCGGUUACGAUUUCAGCCGCUGGACGGAGACUCUGCUGCGACUCGGACAAACCAAAGUCUUCUUCAGCACCACCGCGUCGCUGCCGUACAGGAAACUGAGCUACAGAGUGGACAUGGUCACCUGGAACCAGUACCUCCGCUGGGGUGUCGUCUACAUCCGGCUGCACAGCGGCAGGAGCUUCACUGAGGCUCGAAUAGACCAUAAGCUGUACCGGUUGGAGCAGUACACCUCCACCCGCCUGCUGGCCCAGUUCGAUGAGGAUCUGCAGCAGGUCCAGAAGAUCUCGCUCCGCAUCAACACCGGCAACGUGAUCGGACCUCGAUACAAAAUCCGCCUGCUGCGGAUCCGCUUCACGCCUCUGGAUCAUCCUGAGAGGCCUUUGAUCUGUCGUUUUGACAUCAUCAUGGAGGAGAACAUGGAGGUGGCGUUUCGACCUCUGCCCUGCGACUCUCGCCUCUGACGCCCUCACCACACAAACUCCUUCUACGGUAACACGUCUCCACUCACCCCUGAACCUUCUGGAGGAAACCCAGACGUCCCCUGGGUGCUGCGGGGGUGUCCCGGCCCCAGGUGGACCCCCGGGGGGCCCACAAGGGGAGUGGCAGCCUCCUCGCUGGGCUGAUGAAGACGAACAAUCUGGUGCUGUGGAGAACUUCUGGUUAUUGGAAAGUCAGCGUGUUGUUAAAGAGACUUGAGGUCAGGAAACACACACCUGUAACUGCAGAGUCACUGUCAGUACAAGUACACACUCAGUACACACAGUGUUCACACAGCAGAAGUAACACACUCCAUGUUGAAUAUUUCAGUGAUUUCAAGGUUUAAUGAAACAUAGAAUCAUGUUUUAGUUUGAAAAUAGAGAAAAUAAAGAGUCUCGCACGUACUUGACCUGUUUCCAUUAGACUGUAAAACAAAGAUGGACGACAUGACGGCUCCCGAAAGUGAAGCCAAAGUGUCUUGAUCCUCACUGAAGGACUUUUCAUUAAAGACAAACAUUCUUCAGGUGCUUAGAUAGAAAAUGCUAAAAGCCUCAUUACGGUUAAAACAAAAACACUACUUUUAGUCUAUGUCUGAAUAAUUUAAGCUUUUACUUUUAAAACUGUUUCUUCACUUCCUUUCAAAAUCAGCCUCUAGAAUAAAUAAUAGAUAAAUGAGUCUGUGGGAAACACUGGGUAAUGCACACUACAUUGUUUGGGGAACAUUACAUCAAACAAUGUGCAAGUUGCAUUUAAAUAAGCUGUUAAUCUUUUAUAUAUUUUUUCAGUUUCAUGUCAGGUCUAAAGAUUUUAUCGUCUCUGUGCCUUAAAACCAAACGGUUCUCAACCUCUUAUUUGGUUUGCGUCGCUGUUUCAUGCUGCAAAUGAUCUGCACGUAUUUUAUAAAGUCAGUCUUCAUGACAGAGGGAGCGAGGGGAGUUGGUGAAUCUGUGUUUAUCUGUAAAGUUAAUAUGUUGAGUUUUAUUCUGAAAACGUAAGUUGCUGUGGACCAGUUUUUGAAGCUCGUAAACUGAUCCUCAACAUUUAAAAGGUUUAAAACUGAAUAGUUGAACUUUCCUCUGAUGAACAAAUCAUGAAAACUGUGUCACAAGUGUUGAGAAACUCAACUGUUGCGUUUUUUAUUAUGAAUUUUCACCCGACGUUUGAAAUAAACAGAUUUUAAAACA